GUGCGCUGCCCCGGGGGCGUCCCUCCGCUGCGCGCCGCGCCCCCCGAGCGCGUGGUGGCUGUCGUGGGCGCCUCGGCCAGCUCUGUGUCCAUCAUGGUAGCCAACGUGCUGCGCCUGUUUGCGAUACCCCAGAUCAGCUACGCCUCCACAGCCCCAGAGCUCAGUGACUCCACACGCUAUGACUUCUUCUCCCGCGUGGUGCCACCCGACUCCUACCAGGCCCAGGCCAUGGUGGACAUUGUGCGGGCAUUGGGAUGGAACUACGUGUCCACGCUGGCCUCCGAGGGCAACUAUGGAGAGAGCGGGGUUGAGGCCUUCGUGCAGAUCUCCCGCGAGGCUGGGGGGGUCUGUAUUGCCCAGUCCAUCAAGAUUCCCAGGGAACCCAAGCCUGGAGAAUUCAACAAGGUGAUCAAGAGACUCAUGGAGACACCCAACGCCCGGGGCAUCAUCAUCUUUGCCAACGAGGAUGACAUCAGGAGAGUCCUGGAGGCUGCACGCCAGGCCAAUCUAACCGGCCACUUCUUGUGGGUCGGCUCAGACAGCUGGGGAGCCAAGACCUCGCCCAUCCUGAGCCUAGAGGACGUGGCGGUGGGGGCCAUCACCAUCCUGCCCAAAAGGGCCUCUAUUGAUGGAUUUGACCAGUAUUUCAUGACUCGCUCCCUGGAGAACAACCGCAGGAACAUCUGGUUCGCCGAGUUCUGGGAAGAGAAUUUUAACUGUAAACUGACCAGCUCAGGUACCCAGUCAGAUGAUUCCACCCGCAAAUGCACAGGCGAGGAACGCAUUGGCCGGGACUCAACCUACGAGCAGGAGGGGAAGGUGCAGUUUGUGAUCGAUGCUGUGUACGCCAUUGCCCAUGCCCUGCACAGCAUGCACCAGGCGCUCUGCCCCGGGCACACAGGUCUGUGCCCAGCAAUGGAGCCCACUGACGGGCGGACACUGCUGCAGUAUAUUCGAGCCGUCCGCUUCAACGGCAGCGCGGGAACCCCUGUGAUGUUCAAUGAGAAUGGUGAUGCGCCCGGGCGCUACGACAUCUUCCAGUACCAGGCGACCAACGGCAGUGCCAGCAGUGGUGGUUACCAGGCGGUGGGCCAGUGGGCAGAGGCCCUGCGCCUGGACGUGGAAGCCCUGCAAUGGUCAGGAGACGUCCGCGAGGUGCCCUCCUCUCUGUGCAGCCUCCCCUGUGGGCCAGGUGAGCGGAAAAAGAUGGUGAAGGGUGUGCCCUGCUGUUGGCACUGCGAGCCCUGCGAUGGGUACCGCUUCCAGGUGGACGAGUUCACGUGCCAGGCCUGCCCGGGAGACAUGCGGCCCACGCCCAACCGCACGGGCUGCAGACCCACGCCCGUGGUGCGCCUCACCUGGUCCUCCCCCUGGGCCGCCCCGCCGCUGCUCCUGGCCGUGCUGGGCAUCGUGGCCACCACCACGGUGGUGGGCACCUUCGUGCGGCACAACAACACCCCCAUCGUGCGGGCCUCUGGCCGCGAGCUCAGCUACGUCCUCCUCACCGGCAUCUUCCUCAUCUACGCCAUCACCUUCCUCAUGGUGGCCGAGCCCGGGGCCGGCGUGUGUGCGGCGCGCAGGCUCUUCCUCGGCCUGGGCACCACGCUCAGCUACUCGGCGCUGCUCACCAAGACCAACCGCAUCUACCGCAUCUUCGAGCAGGGCAAGCGCUCGGUCACGCCGCCGCCCUUCAUCAGCCCCACGUCGCAGCUGGCCAUCACCUUCAGCCUCACCUCCCUGCAGGUGGUGGGGGUGAUAGCGUGGCUGGGCGCCCAACCCCCACACAGCGUGAUCGACUACGAAGAGCAGCGGACGGUGGACCCGGAGCAGGCCAGAGGGGUGCUCAAGUGCGACAUGUCGGAUCUGUCCCUCAUCGGCUGCCUGGGCUACAGCCUCCUGCUCAUGGUCACAUGCACCGUGUAUGCCAUCAAGGCCCGCGGGGUGCCGGAGACCUUCAAUGAGGCCAAGCCCAUUGGCUUCACCAUGUACACCACCUGCAUCAUCUGGCUGGCAUUUGUGCCGAUCUUCUUUGGCACCGCCCAGUCAGCUGAAAAGAUCUACAUCCAAACAACCACGCUGACUGUGUCCUUGAGCCUGAGUGCUUCGGUGUCCCUUGGCAUGCUCUAUGUACCCAAAACCUAUGUCAUCCUGUUCCAUCCGGAGCAGAACGUGCAGAAGCGGAAGCGGAGCCUCAAGACGACCUCCACAGUGGCAGCCCCACCUAAGGGCGAGGGCACAGAGGACCCCAAGUAG